CGACGCCGAGUGAGGAGAAUGUCCGCCGAGUUCUUAAGAGCUUCUGGCAAACUUCCUUGGCUUUCAAGAAGCGCCGCAUGCGCACACUCAAAGUCCAGUUGCGGGAUCGUGUGCGCGCACUGGCUGAAGAGGGUGUACGAAAUGAUAAUCUCUCACACCUGGUAGAAAGAGCAGGAGAAAGCGCUGAAAUGAUAACUGGUAAGGAGCUGCUAAGUGGCGACUACAAGGAUGAUCAGCAUUCCGAAGAACCUCACAGUGCAACUGGUGAAAAGAGUUCUCCUAGUGUUAAACUCGGGCACGGUGGCAGAUUUGUGAAAACACCAGGAGGAAAGUUGGACUAUAUCAUUGAAGGUCCGGCUGGAGGUUUGUCAGGAGCCUUAACUACAGGCAACAUGAACAUUUGAAAUAAUCAUGUACACGUUCUUGCUGUGCUACUCGGGGAGUUUCCCUGUAUUUCGCGUUCUAC